AUGAAGCAGACUGGUUCCAUCCUUGCCCUUGCCGGCCUGGUCUCCAUGGCCCACGGACACGGUUUCGUCACCACCCCCCAGGCCCGUAUGCCUGGUUCGGCCAUGAAGGCUGCCUGUGGUCAGCAGGUCGAGAUCAACCAGCAGUCGGACAACUACGGCAACGUGCAGGGAGAGCUCCAGGUCGCCAACAGCCAGAGCGACUACAACGCCGAGAAAUGUGACAUCUUCCUGUGCAAGGGUUACAAGUUCGCCGACAACAAGGACAAUGUCCAGUCGUACACUGCCGGCCAGAAGGUCGACUUUGUCGUCGACAUCCGCGCUCCUCACACCGGUGUGGCCAACGUCUCCGUUGUCGACACCUCUUCCAACUCGGUCAUUGGUGACGCCCUCAAGUCCUGGGACAGCUACGCCUCGACCGCGACUGGCGUGACUGAAGAUGAUACCAACUUCAGCGUCACCAUCCCCGACGGCCUGGACAGCAAGUGCAGCACCGCCGGUGCCUGUGUGCUCCAGUGGUACUGGUACGCCGAGUCCAUUGACCAGACCUACGAGUCUUGCGUCGACUUCACCGUCGGCGGCUCUGGCUCUGGCUCUGGCUCUUCUGGCUCUUCCUCUGCUUCCUCUUCCACCCAGGCUAGCGUUGCCAUCACCACUUCCGCCAAUGCCGGUAACAACGUCGCUUCCCAGCCCACAACCCUGGCCACCAGUGCCAGACAGACCCCCAGCUCUGCACCGGCUGUCGCCAGCAGCGCCGCCCCCGCUGCCAGCUCUAGUGCAUCGGACUAUGCGAUCCCCAAGAAUGGCAGUGACGAGGAGAAGCUCAGCUGGGUUUCCAGCUUGCUGAAAGCUCUUGUCAAGUUCUAA